UUUCCAUGUCCUGAUGAUGGUGUAUUUGAUUAUUCCGCACACCAUCACUGCACUGUAGUCUUGGAUAAGAAUCAUGACAGCUAAACGGGCUUAAUACGCGUAGACUCAAGAGCUACUCUAUGUAAGAUGAACACUGAGGACAAACUGGAAGGCAUGCUGCUGAAGUGCAGCAGCGGAGGAAUAGACGGAGGAGGGAGAGUUGGCCUGGGCAGCGGAGGAGGACUGGUGGUGAUGACACUCGGGGAACGAUCGCUGGCAAACCACCCUCUGCUGGCCGAGGAUGACGACGACGAAGACGACGACGAGGACUUGACUCGAAGCUCGCUGGUCACUCACGACCUGGUCCCUCCAGAGCAGCUGAUGAUGCAGGAGGAGAUGACGAAGAAUAGCGGUGGAGGAGAAGAGGAGGGAGGAGCCGAGGUGGGAGAGCAUUUCCCCCUAAAACUCACGAAUAAGUUUCCCUGCUUGCUUCAUAUGCCAUUGAGCAUCAAGCAGGAGCUGAAGUUGUCUGAGCCAGCGGUCUAUAUAAAGAAAGACAAAAAGGCAAUCAAGGAUCUGACGAUGUGUCCCAAGAAGAAAAAAAGGAAGCAGCGAUCACCAGCAAAGAUUCUCAGCAUCAAUGACGAUGGCUCAUUGGGCAUACCAAACCCCAAGUGUCACGUCUGUACUCACUGUAAUGCUGCGUUCAGAACUAACUACCAUCUACAGAGGCAUGUCUUCAUUCACACUGGUGAGAAGCCGUUUCAGUGCAGCCAGUGUGACAUGCGCUUUAUUCAGAAGUAUCUUCUCCAGAGACAUGAGAAGAUCCACACCGGUGAGAAGCCUUUUCGCUGUGAUGAGUGUGGGAUGAGGUUCAUCCAGAAGUACCACAUGGAGAGGCACAAAAGGACUCACAGUGGAGAGAAGCCCUACCAAUGUGACUAUUGUCACCAGUACUUUUCCAGAACAGACCGGGUUUUAAAGCACAGAAGAAUGUGUCACGAGAACAGAGAGCGAAAGGCGAACAAGACUGCCGGUAAAGUCGGACCUUUACGUGAAGCAGACUCUUUAGGGCCCCCCUUUGUUGCCAAAGAGUGCUCACUGCCCAAGAAAAAGCGCCAAAAGUGUACAGAUAAGAGUUCAGGAGCUUCCACUACUGCCCAGACAGAAGGGCACACUUUUACUGUGGUAGAAACAGAAGAGAAAGAGGAGCAAAAGGGAAGUCUUUCUCUAUAUGCUGUGUCCUCCAAAGUCAAACAUGAGUACGUGAUUGCUGACUACUCUGUGGACCUUCCUGAAGAAACGGCUAACCAACACCAAGAUGGCGACGUCUCUUCGGAAGAAACAACGUCUCCUAAGCUACUCCUGAAGAAAGUCCCCAAGCGGAGUCUUAAGCAGUCGACUGAACAAACUCCUCCUUGCUUGUCCACUUUACCCUCCUUUGAGGAAAAUACUAAGGUGGCACAGUACACCUUUGAGAUCGUGGACAAGCAAGGCCUCUUAGACGUAGAAGGCAACAGUGAACUCGAGUCAGUUGAAACUCUUCAAGGAGGACAAACAAAACCAGCAGCCAGCAGCACAAACUAUGACGACGCGAUGCAGUUUCUCAAGAAGAAACGUUACCUUCAAGCUGCAAUGGCUAACAACAGCCGGGAUUAUGGCCUGAACACGAGCAGCAUCUCCUCUCAGCCACCUGUUACACAAACUGUGGUGUCAACAGUCAUCGACGAAACUGUUCCCGCCACCAUCCUGGAGCCCCAACCCAUGAACACAGAGAUUAAGACUCCUCAUGACAAGAAUGUUUUGCCUGAUGAGGUUCUUCAGACACUGUUGGACCACUACUCCAACAAAGCCAAUGGGCAAUCAGACAUUUCUUUCAGUGUGGCUGACACAGAGGUUACCUCAAGUAUAUCUAUCAAUUCCUCCGAUGUUUCUGACAGCAGUCCGGUCGAGACCCUCGGAACAUCUAGCGCUCAGGCUCAGCCACCUGCUGAGAAAGUGAGUCUCUUGCAAGAAUACUCCAAAUUUCUCCAGCAAGCACUGGAGAGGACCAGUCAGAAUGACAGCUACCUGACCAGCCAGAGCCUCAGCUUGGUCUCUGAAAACCCCACAUUAGCUGGACAGCCUCUGUUCUCCACAGAGAAACAGUUUCCUUCCCCCAGCAGGUUCAAAUCAGGGAUGAGCUCUCCACUAAGGUCCACCUUAGAGAAACCUCACUAUGGGUUGCUGGUCGGGGACUCCCAGCACUCGUUUUCCUUUUCAGGCGACGAGACCACCCCUCCCUCUGCGGUGUCCCCAGCUGAGGAGGACUUUCUGGAGCAGGUCUCGCCCUCAAAAAAGACUGACUCUUCACAAGGGAUCCUACAGACUUUUCAAAUAAGCUCCUUUGAACAGAACUUCAAAUCUCAUUUCCAGACGUCAAGAUCUGCAGCCUCCUCGCAGUUUACGGUUGCCAAUGGACAAGUGAGUGUUCGAGGACACAGCACAGAAUUCUCAGAGUUCCCUUUAGUCCGAGUCACUGAGACCAGGUCUCAACUGAACUCAUCCCCUGACGUUUCGACCAGUGAAUCGUUUGGCUGAAGAAAUGGAGGCGGGAGCGUUCAUUUCUGUUCAUCUUUUCUGUGGCACUUUAUCUCGUCUUUCCUGUGUUUUUGCCAAAUCAAAUCCCACUGCAAACGAGGGGUCUUUCUUUUUUUUUUCCUUUGUGUAAAGCAGUUAUAAUUCUGUGUUUUUACGUUCUAAACUUCUUAAACAGGAAUACUGAAAAAUGAUAAUCAUACUAUAAUUAGCAUUUCCCCCUUUUGGAAAAAAAGUCAAACUUCCUCCAGAAUGUACAUUAUGGGAUUAAGCGACCAAAGUAUAAUGCAGGAGAUUAAUAUUCUCUAAUUCCAUUGCCAUUAUUUUUAAUGUUUGUGUCAAUCAUUUUGCCUUGCACACUUAACGAUCAAGUCACACUUGCUGCUUAAUUCAAUAUUUAGAUUUAUUAAAAUGUAGUUUGCAUCUAUGUACACUCCCCCCCCCCGAGUUUUUCGACUGCACUGGGGGUUGGGUGGUCCAGAGCUGCACAAACCUACUGUUAUUGAUACUUUUUCCUUAUGAAUGCGUUAAUUUUUUUCUGCAUUUGAAGAUCAAAAUCUGGGAUUCAACUGAGCUUAAAUUAAUUGGGGCCACAUAGGUUUGUCCAAUAAUCAUGCCCCCUUCCCCCAUGGCGGUCGUAGAUUUUUUUUUUAUUUUUUUAUUUUUUUGCUUUAGCUACUUCCCCUUGCUCUUUGUUUUGUUUUUUCAAAAAAUAUCACUUAGAGCUUUUUUCUUUAUUCCAGCGGUCAAACUGUCUGCUGACACGCACGGUGACACAAAGUUGCGUUACCUGUUAAGGGUAUUUCUGCAGGGUGUGUGUAAUGAACGGUACAGGAUAGAUUUGACUGAUUGUUUGUGCUACCUGGGAUCGAGUUCACUAUCCAUUUUGCAGAUUUGAAUAAUAGGUAUAUGAAAUUAAAUUUAACAUCAUGUGAAUUAAUGUAUUCCCUUUUGGAAUGGUUGGAUUUCUGGUCACUGAUUUUACAAACAUGACUAGUGCAGGAUAAACUGACUGCAUUAUUUGGGAAAUGUUUUGGGGUUUUGUUUUGUUUUUUUCCUCCAUGCCCCCCUCUGCCCCAAACAAAAAAGUUUUGGCCAUCAAAUAGCUGCACACAUUUAAUGGUUGCAGGAUCAUUCUUAGCUUCUGUUGUUAAAAUGCAUAAAGAUUCAGGGUUGUGCUUUGUGUUCACACAGUUCGGACGUUUUUCACGUGUACAUUUAUAUUAGAUUAUUACACUAUGUAUAAGUCACUUUUUGUUAAGAGAUUAGUGAGACUAACCACUUAAUUAGUUUAAGUAGAAAUUCAAACUAAUUCACUUUUUCUUUGAUCACUUAAAAAGACGUAGCUCUUAUAAGGGAAACAAACUUAAAGUUCACGAUCCCUUGUAUUCAAGAGAAUUUGAUUAAAAUGAGCAGUUUAUUAUUUUGUGCCUUCUUUUAAAAGAAAUAUUACAAUUUCCUUUAGUCAUUCCUGCACAAUGCAUUUAUUUCUGCUUGGUCUACGCUCUAAGGCUACUAGUUCCACUUGCACAAUACAGACAAGCACAUAAGCUAUCAACAUGUUCACACCUUCAUACGUUAAGAACUGGGAGCUUUAUUUAGUUUUGCCUUUUAAUAUUGUGUUAUUUUUAAAAUUUUAGCAGCGACAUAUCACCAAACUUAAUAAUCAACAUAUUAUCUGUAGUUGGGAGGAGUUAACGUGUCAUGGACUCUUCUCCAGUAUAUGUGUAAGUACAGAUUUAAGUUGUAGAUGUCUAGAUUUGCUGAUAAUCACUGAUUUGCUGGAAUUUUCUGGUCAGACUCAUCUGUACGGGCCUUGUUGAAACCAUGCAGUUUUAAACGGGAGUGGCAAUGAGUUAAGUCUUUUCUGUACUUCAUUAUACUGUUGAUUGUCGUUCACGUCUUAGGUGCUAUUGUGUUAAACAAUGUUUUUAUCUUUUUGUUUUUCGUGCACCAUCCAGUUUAGGUUUGAAACCAAUGUUGAGCUCCCUCUUGUUACAGCUCCUCUGACAAUCAGGGACACACAGAACCACGUUAAUCAUCGAAUACUUUAUUCUUCCUCAAUGAUCAUUCCUUCUAGAAUGUAUAGAACAGGGGUGUCGAACUCCAGGCCUCGAGGGCCGGUGUCCUGCAGGUUUUAGAUAUCACCGUGGGUCAACACACCUUGAAUGAAGUGAUUAGUUCACUACCAGGCUUCUGGAGAACUUCAAGACAUGUUGAGGAGGUCAUUUAGCCAUUUAAAUCAGCUGUUUUGGAUCAAGGACACAUCUAAAACCUGCAGGAUACCGGCCCUCGAGGCCUGGAGUUCGACACCUCUGGUAUAGAAGAUAUCCUGCUGUAAAUACAUUGUAUAUUUUUAUGCUCUGAGAAGUACUGUUAGGUUUUAUUUUGGUCCAUAGAAAGACAAGGCGUGUGCAAGAAACACUUUUGUCAGUGAAUUUGGCAAGUUAAUUUGUUUUUAAGCAUUUAUGAGAUUCAAUAAUGAAACGGUCCAUCUUCCUGAGAAAAUGUGGCUUUUGCAGAAAUCUCACCACUGUAUCAAUAUUAUAUUUUCAGUUUAAUUGGUGAUUGAUCAAAGUGACUUUAGAUUUUUGUGAAUGUUCAUUAUGAUGGGUUUUACUGUAUAACUAUCAUCCGUAUGAUAUAUUGAAAUAAUUCCUUUUCAACAUAUUUAAAGUAAAAAAAAAAAAUGUUCUUAGUGGUGGAAACAACCCUCCAUUCAACAGCUAUUAGCGUCUUGAAUUUGUGUUAAAAUAUCACUUAAAGGUUAUAGUGUGGUUGAAAUACCUCACUAGCUGCCCUUUUUUUUUUUUUUUUUUUUUUUUAAGCGAUCUUUAAAAGCACAGUGCAGAUAGAAAUGAUGGUUUUGUAAAUUGUACCCCAUUUAGUUCUUUGAAUUUUGAAUUCAGUUAAAGUGGAAACCUAUUGGAGAUUAAUGAAGUAUGUGAGCAGUACGAUGAAUAUUUCCUUUUAAUUAACUAUUGUCAGUAACCUGACCAUAAGUGUCCUUGUAUAAGCUAGAGAAAUCUCAUUUGUGUGCGUGUGUGUGUGUGUGUGUGUGUGUGUGUAAAAAGAUCUGAAUUUUUUGAUAAAAAGCUAUUUUUGAAACAUGUCAUUUAAAGCACUGAUAUGUACAGUAUAUCAUAUGCAGUCUUUCUCGCUACCCUCAUUUAUCUCUGUAUAAGUCGUUUGUGUCAAGGUUUUUCAAGUACAGAUGGGAAUCUGAACUUUUUCUUGAUUUUAAAGAAUCUGACAAGGAAGCCUACUGCUUCAGUAAGGUUGGUCUUACGUUAGGUUUAUUCUGCAUGGUCUCUGACUUGUUGGGUUAAGUGAACUUGUUUUAUGGAUAAUGUGCAGCUUUAAUUGUAGCUGAUUAUUUUCAGUCAAGUAACCCAUAUGAUUAGACUUUUGCAAUAUACAAUGAUUUGUAAGCAAUCUGAUUAAAUUGUUUUUGAUU